AUGAACAUUGUACGGCAAAGCAAGUUUCGCCAUGUAUUCUGUAAGCCGGUCAAGCAUGAAAACUGUAUGUCCGACAUUCGGAUCACGGAGAUCACGUGGGAUUCACCAUUCUGUGCUGUUAACCCAGUAUUCAUCGCCAUCAUUCAUAAAGGAUCUGGAGGUCCUUUCUUGGUAUUACCCGUGAACAAGGUGCGUUAUUCUUACAUCAGCAUGAUAACGGCGUUGUAUACCAGCAAAAAUAUACAAUGGCUGAUGUAAAAAUUUUAUGAUUAGAAACUAGAGAUUGCGUAGACGGUACAGUAGUUUUAAAUAACCAUCUUCAAAGUAAGAUUGCGAUUGUGCCAAUAAUACAGUUUUUAUUUGUAAUCACACAUUGUCUGCUACGAAGUUCCGAUACUGUGUAUAAAAAUAAAAGUCGACACAACAAAAACAGCAGCUGUUUUUGAAAAAAGCGAACCGUGGGAACAAAAAUAAAGACAAGUAAAGUGUCACUACAUAUUAUGUUAGUAAGAUGACAUCAUUUUAUAGGUUGGAAGAAUUGACAUGGACUGCCCGUUCGUGGAUGCCCAUAAAGCACCAUGCUUAGAAGUCAAAUGGAGUCCAUUUAACGAUCAUGUCAUCGCAAGUUGUUCGGAAGAUACGACUGCCAAAGUAUGGUUGAUUCCAAAAGGGGGAUUGAUUCGUACCUUAAGUGAACCAGUUGUGGAGUUGGCCGGUCAUCAGAAGAGGGUCAACACCAUUGAAUGGCAUCCGACUGCUAAUAACGUCUUGUUUACUGCAGGUAAUAAUGGGCGAAAAGUUACGUUAUUGCAUAUUUACAGGUGGAGAGAAUACCAUUCUUGUUUGGAAUGUCGGUACCGGAGAAGCCUUGAUCGAAAUCGCCGGUCAUCCCGAUCAAAUUUGGAGCAUUGCCUUUAAUUACGAUGGAAGCCGGUUUGUGACCACAUGCAAGGAUCGUAAACUUCGUGUAAUGGACUCGCAUUCUGGCCAGAUCCUUCACGAAGGAGAGGGUCAUGAGGGUAUCCGUCCUCAACGAGCCGUUUUUGUAAAAGGAGAUAGGAUUUUUACCACUGGAUUCACUAAGAGAUCCGAACGGCUGUAUGCCCUGAGGACUCAGGAGAAUCUGUCCGCUCCUCUUAUUGAGGAGGAGAUCGAUACUAGUAAUGGGGUCCUGUUUCCCUAUUACGAUGAGGACAGCAGCAUUAUGUAUGUAGCAGGAAAGGUAUGUAUCCAUUUUCUUCAAGAUUUCACCCUUCAAAUAAUUAUUUCUAGUAUAACCAAACCGCUAAAUUUAGGGUGGAAGCGCUAUUCUAUAUUAUGAAAUCAAUGAAGAACCGCCAUUUGUUCAUUAUAUAAAUACGUACAGCACUAACGAACCUCAACGAGGAAUUGGGUUUAUGCCAAAAAGAGGUCUUAACCACAAGGAAAAUGAGAUCACAAGGUAAGAAAAGGAAACGAUGACAAUUUCUGUCCAAUAGAAUGUACAAGAUAACAACAAAGGGAGUAGUUGAUAUCCUUCAAUUCUUCGUUCCACGCAAAAGUGAUUUGUGGCAAGCCGACCUUUAUCCUGAUACUAGGAGUACUGAACCUUCGCUUUCGGCCGAAGAAUGGGCUGAGGGGAAGAACGUCCCACCCAAGUUGGUGCCCGUCAACCCUGAGGCCGCCGUGGCGAAACCCAAGAUACAAGUAGCCAAAAAAGCCAAUAUUUUGGACCAACUCCCACCCAGUCAAAAUGAGGCGCCCCUGGCCCCUCCAGUUCAGAGACAACCGGCUCCACAGAGAUCGGCUCCGAGGAACGAUGACGACACUGGAAUAGUGCCUGUUCAAAGAGAAGCCACUACAGCUCGGCGAGUUGAAAGAGAAGCCCCAAAAGAAGAAGCCAAUCCAAUGGUUCCGCGGCAACAAGUAAGUUGCACAACCCUAACCAAAUAUUUCUUCCAUUAUAAAACAACCAAAACACGCGAGAAAGACAAUACAUUUCAUUUGAAAACUUCUCUUUUCGCCUUAAGUCUUCUAAAAUAAUCCUUGUUGUAAGGUCGAAGAGCUGAGUUCUUAUAAUCCUUUUCUGACUAACCAUUUUAACUCCAGGUUCAACUAAGGUCACGCGAACACCGUGACGAUAUGAUGGGCGGCUCGAACACGGCCGGUCAGAAACGAGCAGCUGCUGAGCUAGACCGUAUCCGACGUGAACAGGCAAGACACGAACAUGACGCGGACGACGAGCCUCCUCCACGUCCUCGAUCAACUCUCACUCCUAGCACCACGUCUUCGAGUAGAGCUAGCGCAACUCCCACAGGAUCUAGACGCGAGAGUAUGACCUCUAGUCAAACACAAGGCGGAUCUGAGGUGCGGUUCUUCUCUUUCUAUCCUCACAUUCGCAAUGAGACUAAUGGUGUCAUAUCGACAAUAUUUUUUUUGAUACUUUUAGAUUCCUGGCUCCUUGGAAGAGCUUGUUCAAACAAUUGAACGUAUGAAAGCGGUCAUCAGACAACACGAACGCAGAAUUCGAAUUCUGGAAGAGAACGCGGCCGAAACGAACAUGUCUAAUGCUUACGGCUUUUAA